AUGGCUUCGUCGAUGACAGGCUUUUCGGUCUACACGCUCCCCACGGGGCCUCCCAGGUGGGAUACGGUCGGUAUUUUUUACAUCACCUUUUGCUGCGUAUGGACUACUCUCGUCCUGCUCGGCAUGGCCUUUUGCUGGUACAACCGCCGGCUCCCGAUUCUCAAGCUGCGCGGUCUGCCACUGUCUUUUACCGCCAUUCUUUGCCUCCACUCCUAUUGGAUUUUGGCCCAAAUUACCUAUCCUAUCGCCGGGACCAUGCCCAUUGUCCUUGCCUAUGAUGUGCAGUAUUUCGUCAUGGGCAUCUAUUUCCCUAUCGGCAUCGCCUUGUUCCACGCCUCCAAUUGUCGGUUCCUCCACAUUGCCAAGAUGCAGAAACAGUUUACGCAUCCCGAGUUGCGAAGGAAAGCGGCAUGCAAAGGCAUCGAAACUUCAUGGCUGUGCCGCCUGGCGAACAUGUACUACUCCACCAGGCUCAUGACCUUUAUAGCCAUUGGAAUGGUCUUCCAGGUUAUUCUCACCGUCGCCAUGUGGCUGGCUUGUCGCAAGUACCAUCCAACUUACGGUAUUUCCGGCACGGAGCUUCGCGGCGCAACCCUCCAGGAGCAAAUCGUCGACUUGGGUCGAGGAUGGGAAUGGUGGCCGUCGGUGCUCUGGCAAGUCAUCUGGACAUGGAUUGUUGCACCCAUCCUCCUCUGGCGCGCCUGGGGGAUUCGCGACACAAUGGGAUGGCGUACCCAAACCAUCGGCUGCUGCAUAUUCAGCCUGCACGCGACACCAAUGUUUUUAAUUGCCUCCUACGUGCCGGCCUUUGAGGUUGUCAAUGCCUAUUUUACCCCAAGUCAAUGGAUCCAUUUCUCCACCAUGAUGUUCGAAAUCUUUACUGUCUUUGUUCCUGUCUUCCAAGUUAUCAGGCUCCGAAUACUGAGCAGGAGAGCGGCCGACAUGAAUGCCAAAUGGGAAACGGAAUCGCAACAAUCAACACUAAGGCCAUCGACGGCCUACGAGGUGAGAAACGCGUCUUCUCUUGGCAUGGCCGAGAAGGGAGCAGCACUGUAUUAUAUGGAUGAGGAACUCGGCGAUCGUCUAUUGACCAUGAGUGCUCUCGACUACGUACUCAGCGAAAAUCCAGGCCCACUGCAGGAAUUCUCGGCACUCAGCGACUUCUCGGGUGAGAACAUCGCGUUCCUGACUCUCGCUGCAUCGUGGAAGACAUCCUGGUCGGCGGAGCUGGCGGAGAAGGGGAGGCUCGAGGCCUACCGGGGCGCGCUUGCGAUUUACACAGGCUUCAUUAGCCCCAGAGACGCCGAGUUCCCCUUGAACCUGUCAUCGCCUGACCUCAAAUAUCUCGAAGACAUGUUUGAGGAGCCCGCGCGACUCCUGCACGGCGAGGCACGCGUGGAUCCAGUGACACCAUUUGCGACCGAGGCAUCCUUUUUCGGAGGACAGGGAAGCACCGGACCACAGCCAGGAACGGACGGCAGUACCGAACAAUACACCGGCGAAGUGCCCGUCGACUUCAACUCGGCUAUUUUCGACAGGGCACAGAGCCAUAUCAAGUACCUCGUUUUGACAAACACGUGGCCCAAGUUUGUCGGAGAGAUGCAGCAACGAAGACGGUCGAGCGAGACGGGCCGGAGUACCUUCACCGCGGGCUCGGAGGAGACACGAGCCAGUCGAGUUUCAAAGCGCAUGACAGACCUUCUGAAUUACUUGAUGAAGAAUUAG